GAAGUGGUUGCGUGAAAAGCGCGGGAAAAUUGUUGUUUGUUCUUAGGCGGCGGCGACCUGCAAUUGUUUGACGCGUUACCAACGUUGGACAUCGCGGGAUUUGUUUUGUUUGUUAUGCUUCAUGUCAUCUUCCGUUCGCGACGAUGAACGAAGGCGGUGGAGACGAAGGUUCGGUCGCGGAGCGCAACGUUGAAGCGCCUUCGCCAGCCGACAACGUAACUGCAUGAGUUCCACGCUGCGACAGAGACUCAUAAAGUCACGGCGGUCCUUCGAACUGACCCACCCCAAGAGACGGUGCCUUGCGAGCGGCACCGAGGAGCUGGCGUCUGGAACAAUCCUAUCGCUUGAGCAACCCAGCCAGGGCCUGGAGGAGGGUGUCUGCGCGCUGUCGCCCGAUCGUGGAGCCACUGAACGCAACACCGGAUUGGGGUUAAGCACACCGGAGGGAUGUGCUUCAACCGCAUCACCGGGAGAGUCGGACUUAAAGCGUACGCCUGCGUCCAGCUUGAAUAUUAGUACAGGCAGCAGCCCUGGUGUGAUGUGGACUCCUGGAUCAGGUAAAGCCCUAUCGGAGAGCCAGGCCACAACUAUCCAACAGAUGGCGAAGGAGCUUGAGGAUAUGAAAGGAGCGCUUGCAACGAAAGAGGAAUUGUUGCGCAGGCUCCGAUUGGUCUCGAGCUACCGGAGUAAGAAUAACCUGGAGGAACUGGAGAGGCUGAUUUUCAAGUGGAGGAGCGCCUGCCAGAGUCUCCUGUGUGACCUGCAGCAGGAAGCCACGUCCGACAAAGUUUACAGCCUGGGUCAGAUAAUUGCUGGAAUGGGCCUGGACCCUGAUCUUCUGCAAUACAACUCCACCGAGGACUGCUUCACCUAAAAAGUGAAGCAGAGGGCAAGCUGAGAGUCCUGAACCCAGAGUUUGCCUUGUUUGCAGUCCAUUUGCUGUAGCGUAUGUUUUUGACAUUUAAACUUGCACUAUGAUUUUUUUAAAGUGGAAAAUAUGUAUGGCUUACCUUUCAGGUGACGGAGCAUGAUAAAAUUUGAAAGUGUUUCAAGGGUGAAAAUAUUUCCCUCUAGUAACUGAUUAUUGCAGCUAAGAUGCUUGCAUUUAUAGAAAAUUUCCAUUUACAACCUGUUAUUAAUUUUUCAGUUUCAUGAAAUGCAGUCGCAAAUCAAUAUAUUCCUAUCCCUGUUUCAGGCUGAACUUAAACGGUCCAGUAUUCCUACAUUAUUAAUGUUAUAUAAAUUAAUGUUUGUGUUGCUCCAUUUAACAUGAGAUGGAACCCUAGGGAAAUUAAGUUGCACAAAAUCUGCAACUUCCAAUUAUUGUUAGACUCAGAAAACGAUCCGAUUGGUUGGACAGGUUCAUGCGGUUGUCAUGGGUUACAAAUGGCUGUCCAACAUGGCUACAUUUAUUAUGUUUAUGGUGGCAUAGAAAUAGUAUUAGAAAUGUGGAUGAAGCUGGCUUUAUUUGGGUUAUGGGGAUUUUCAUUAAUUGGGCAUUUAAAUGCCCCAGCAUCUCAAAGCACCUCAUUUAAUCUAAUUUCAAUAAUUCCAUAGACCAGCUAUAUUUUUAUUUUUUACCGAUGGCACAAGGUGACGCAGCGCUGGCCGGCAAGUGGGCAUUAUUCUGUCAGUAGAGGGCGAUGAUGCUAUUGGUCAUGACAAAAAAAGUAAUACUCUUUGGUUCUUUCAGUAAAGUCACAUAGGUAGAAAAAAUAAUAGAUCACGACGUUUCGAUCACAGGAUAUUUGCAGUCACGAAAGCUUCAAUUAAAAAAAAGUAAUACUGUACAGGUAAACCUCGAUUUGAGAAAGGGACGCAUUCUUUAACAAACAUGCACAAAACAAAAUUCAUGAAUUGGAAUUGCUUUUACCCCUGUUUAUUUAGUGCAAAAACUUAAGAGAUGUAUUUCAGACAGUCAUUCCAACUCUAUUCCUAACCUAAAAAUAUACACCGACACCACUUUUCACGAGCAUAAUAGAGAACAAAAAUACUAAAACUACUUAAUAAUAAUUAAUUAAUAAAAAUACUAAUUACCCUUUUCAGGGAACUCGCCAAAAGAUCUGCUGCAUGUUGGAAUUCCUGAAAAGGUGAUGUGGAAGCCUUACUAUUGCACGAGGGUAGGGGUCGGCAACCAAAACAACGAGCCUUGUUUUUCGAAUUCGGUAAAAAUAACAUUUCAAGAGCCGCAAUGCAUGUGGUGAAUACCAGACGGCGGUCCUUUAUAAAUAACGUCACGAAGCACUCCGUAAUGAGCCGCAUGCUGCUCCGGAGCAUACGCCGGUUGGCGUUCCCCCGGCUUAGGUUGUUAUAUCCGAAGUAGGUCUUGUGUUUGUGAGUGACAUUGUGAAUGUAUAGGUUUUCAUUUAUAAGCUGAUCUCAUUGGACUUGAGUCCUGCAACUAUUGUAUUGUGGUAUUCCACCAUUAAUUGAAUUGAGAUAAUGCUCUCUUGAUGAAAACAAAUUUUGUUUGCACUUUUAGAAGUCUAAUUCACAUUUGUAUAUUAUUGCUGUGUUCGAGGCGAUAUGCGAGUUAGGAGAGCAUUGCAUGUAUUAAUUGUAAAGACUUUAGAAGUUAAUCUGCUUGUGGUUGUAAUUUAAUUGCUGAAAAGAACAAUAAAGAAACGAUGAAAAUG